AUGGGACUUGAAUCUCUUGAACGCCUCCAGCAAGUGGAGUUUUCAGAUAUUCGAGAGGCCCUAGACUUAGGCGAUUGCUUUGCCCUCAAUGCUCGGCAACCUUCCCUCCACCUCCACAGCCGCUCUGAAUCUGCGACUUCCCCAGCAGCUUUUGAAAAGGAACCUGAAGCAGGAGCAGCAGGGGCAAAGGAUGGAGAGCAGCCUGCUACAGCGAACAUGGAUAAAACGUCGAAGGAAACUGCAGAGGCAAACUGUGAAAAGGAAAGGUCGCUGGGGGAGGAUGUUAAAAAGAGUGAAGUCGCUGGAAACGCAUCCUGCAGUCGGCCAUCUACGGUAUUGCCCUUUGGAGUAGGAGCGUCAGCAAAAAAAGGCUCCGAAAUUGCAACAUUGCAUCAAAUCCUACGGAUGAAGGAAUCUAACCUCGCGCUCGUGUCCGACGUAGAUGAACAGCUGCUUCUCAACAUCAGUUUCAAACAGCCCAUUCGGCUAGCGGCAUUUUCUGUUCUGGCCUCCACUGCACCCGCGGGAUUCCGAACUGACGAAGACGAUGGGGACUCGGUGUCUGCACCCAGGCUGGUCAAAGUCUAUUGUAACAAAAACACUCUAAAUUUCUGCGGAGUGGUGGAUGAGGCUUGUGCCUUUUCUGUGCUGCUUACCCCUGAGGAUGUCCAGAAGGAGAGGCGGGUAACUCUUCCAGGUAGCAAAUUUCACAUGUGUUCGUCCGCUCAGUUCUUCUUGCAGGAAAAUCAAGCUGGGACCGCAUACACUUUUUUGAAUAGAGUGAGAUUCUACGGCGUUGUUCAUAAGCGUUACUCCUAG